AUGGAAUCGAAGGACUUUAGACCCGUGAGUCUCAUCGGGGGCCCUUAUAAGAUUCCGGCCAAGAUGUUGGAUUCCAGAUUUAGGGAGUGCAUAUCCAAAGUUAUAUCAGAAAAUCAAGGGACUUUUGUUAUCGGAAGAAAAGCUUCCAAUUUGGCUCUAAUUGCUCAUGAAUGUAUUGAUUCUAUGUAUAGGGAGAGGAAAAGCAGUCUCGUGUGCAAAUUGGACAUUGAGAAGCCUUAUGAUCAUGUUGAUCUCAAUUUCUUGGACUAUAUGCUUGGGAGGAUGGGUUGUAGCAUUAAAUUGCAGGGAUGGAUUAAAAAAUGUGUGCGCUCAGCCUCUUUUUCCAUCUUGGUGAACAGGUCGCCUAAAGGAUACUAUAAAGGUUCUUGUGGCCUCUGCCAAGGUGAUCGUCUAUCACCAUAUCUCUUUGUGCUUGUAGUUGAAGCUCUUAGCAGGAUGCUUAAAAAGGGAGAAGAAAAUGGUCUAUUCACAGCUUCAGGUCUAAAGAUAAAUGCAGCGAAGUCGGACAUGCUUGGAGUGCAUGUUGAGCCUGGCGAUUUGUCUCGGAUGGCUGCUGCUUUCGGGUGCCGAACUGGAUCCUUCCUGAUUGAAUAUUUGGGGUUGCCUUUAUGUUUGGGGAAAUUGACAAAGCAUCUAUGGGACAUGGUGAUUGAAAGAAUCGAGUGGAAGCUUUCAACGUGGAGGAGAUAUAUGUCUUUGGGGGCUCGCCUCACGUUGAUUAAAUCAGCUUUCUCCAACAUGCCGCUUUACUUCUUGUCUCUAUUUAAAUGCCCAAAAUCAAUUUUGGACAAGCUUGAGAAGUUGAGGAGGGACUUUCUUUGGCACAGGGACUGCGAAGGGAGAAAGUUUCAUCUCCUAGAAUGGGACGAAGUGUGUAAGCGGGGACACAGCUCUGCUUGGGAAGUGGAUUUGGAGAUUUAG